AGAAUCAUAUGAUUAUUAAGGGUGUAGCAAAUUACAAGUCUUGAUAGACGUUUUUUUAGGUUACUUUAUAUAAACGAUAAUAAAAGAUAACUUUACAAAAAAUGAAGAUAUGUGGACCUAAAUAUGCCCUAUGUGGCCUGAUAUUAUCUGUUUGGGGUAUAUUUCAACUCCUCCUGAUGGGAAUAUUCUUUUAUACUAAAAGUGUAGCUUUAAUAGAAGAUGUUCCAUUUGAAGCAAAUAUCAAAGAUACUACAGAAUUUUAUGGUGCUGCAGAUAGAGGUUAUAAACAAAAUGCAUAUAAUUGUUGGAUUGCAGCUUGUAUCUAUCUUCUUACAUUAUUACUUUCUGGACAUCAAUUUUAUAUAAAUUCAAGAUCAUCUUUAAGUGUUUAAAUCAUAUGAUAAAAUAAAUGAAAACAAUAUAUUUAAGUGUAUAAUAUAAUGUAUUAUAAAUAAAAUCAUAGGAAUAUGCUAAAUAUAAAUUUCAAGAAUAGAUUUUUUGAAUUGCAUUAUACAUUUAAGUUAAACAGAAAGUUAAUCAGUUGUUAUUUAAAAUAUAUUUAUUAUAUUAAAAAAACUGUUAAAUAUAAAUAUAUAAAAAUAUAUUAAUAUUA